AUCAUGUAAUUAUAAACAUUUAGCAUGUUUUAAAAACAAGAAGAAAGGUUUAUAAGUGCAACACACGGUAUUUUUGGACAAGAAAUCAAUUUUUCUUACACUUUUAAAAUUCAAAUGAAGUAAAACAAGAAAUCAAUCUGGUUGACGCAACAAUGACAAUCUGUUACACAGAAUAAUAGUGGUGCAUUUCUUUCCAGUGGGUCUCAAUCAACACUGAUUUACAGAAAUCUUGGUCUCCUUUUGUAAAUUGAGGUCUCCUUUUGUAAAUUGAGAAUUAUGAUGAAGUUUUGUUGUUUGAUUGUAAUCACCCUCUGCACCAUCUGUGUGUCUAAUGGCGGCAUACUAACUGAACAAUGUCUGGCUUUAAAUGGUUUAUGUGGACGCAAAGGCUUAACCUGUGAACAAAUAUUUGGACUCGGAUGGAUUGAAAAGGGCAUAUGCUGCAACAAAAAACCAUGCUGCGGAGAGGAAUCCAAAGUUAUACCGGACAUAAAUCAUAGCUGUGGAUUUGAGACAACUGAACAAUGUUUUUUUAGACAAUCAAGUCUGAAUGACUUUGAUUGGACUCGAAGAUCUACAGGGACCCCUUCCAUGGGCACUGGUCCUGAAUCAGCAGCCGAAGGGACAUACUACAUGUACAUAGAGGCAUCUGUUAAAUCUCCUGGUACAAGAGCUGUACUCACAACGGAAGCUACUGACUUACAAGCCUGUCCUUGGUGUCUGACAUUCCAGUACCAUAUGAAAGGAGCAACUACAGGAACUUUGGAAGUAUCUGCUGGGGAUAAAACAUCUUCUUUGACUAGCAUAUGGACAAAAACAGGAGAGCAACCUAAUCCUGAGUCUUGGAAAACUGCUACCAUAGAUAUCCCACUUUAUAAUAAUCUCGGUAUCACCAUAAAAGCUUCUGUAAAGGAUUGGUUUACGAGUGACAUUGCUAUUGAUGAUAUAAAUCUCAAAUCUGGUACAUGUACUAAUGCUUGAGAUUGAACUGAAAACAGAAGAAAAAACGAUGACAUUGAUUGUAGGAUAUUCGUUGUUGCUUGUUCAUUAUAAUGAUCAUGUGUUAUUAAAUAACCAGUACUUAGUGA